CAGGCAGACAGAUUCAGUGGGAGUUAGCUGUGUAAUGGCGGCCACGGUGUUGCUGUCCGCGGAGAACACCGUACCCACUUUUGCGGUCGGCAAUCCCGGAGCAGCAGGGACCUCCGGUAAUGGAUUAGGGGCAGCUUGCCCCGCAUCUUGGAACCGUUCACUGGACCGGGCGUUAGACGAAGCAGCGGCCACAGGGUGCCUGAAUCUCAGUGGCAGGAAACUGAAAGAGUUCCCAAGGAGCGCCGCCAACCACGACCUCACAGACACUACUCGGGCCGAUUUGUCCCGUAACCGGCUGCCGGAGUUACCAGUGGAGGUUUGCAUGUUUGUGUCUCUGGAGCACCUGAACCUCUACCAGAACUGCCUGCGCUCCCUCCCCGACAGCCUGGUCAACCUGCAGGCUCUCACCUACCUGAACAUCAGUCGCAACCAGUUGUCCACGCUGCCAGCCCCGGUGUGCAGCCUGCCCCUGAAGGUGCUGAUCGCCUGCAAUAACAAGCUUGUGUCCCUGCCCGAGGAGUUGGGACAGCUCAGACAGCUAACGGAAUUGGACGUGAGCUGCAAUGAGAUCCAGACGCUGCCUUCCCAAGUCGGGCAGCUGGAGGCGCUGCGAGACCUCAACAUCCGCAGGAACCACUUGGCACGCCUGCCCCCAGAGUUGGCGGAGCUGCCUCUGGUGCGCCUGGACUUCUCCUGCAACAAGGUGACCUCCAUCCCCGUCUGCUACCGCAACCUGCGGCACCUACAGAGCAUCGUGCUGGACAACAACCCCUUACAGAGUCCCCCCGCACAGAUCUGCAUAAAGGGGAAGAUCCACAUAUUUAAAUAUCUCAACAUGGAGGCCUGCAAGCCCGACCUGCCCGACUACGACAGGAGACCGCUACCCUACGGCUCGUGUGUGGAGGAGCUGUAUCCUGGUCGGCCGUACGGAGCGCUGGACUCCGGCUUCAACAGUGUGGACAGUGGAGACAAGCGGUGGUCAGGGAAUGAGCCUACAGAUGAGCUGUCUGACCUGCCUCUGCGGGUGGCGGAGAUCACCAGGGAGCAGCGGCAGAGGAGGGAGCGCGAGAGGGAGAGGGAAGACGCCAAGCACAGCACGCACCACGUGGCCAAUGGCACAGCGGAGACAGAGACGGAGCAGAUAGACUUCAUAGACAGCUGUACGGAAGAGGAGGACGACAGACGAAGCCGGACGUCAGACGCCAUCAGCCUCAGCUCCCAGUUCAUGGCUUACAUCGAGCGGCGGAUCACCAGAGAGGGUUCUCCUGUGAAGUCCGGCUCCUCCAGAGACUCAAGAACAGACGACCCGAGGCGGCACAGUUCCAUUCACAGAAGUGUACCAGAUGGAGCGAGCCCCACGUCUUCCACGGCACACAGCCAGAGGUCGGGAGUGGGUGUUGAGCGUGUGCGGAGGGAGGCCCAGCUGGCAGCGCUGCGGUACGAGGAGGAGCGACAGAGGACGCGCUCCACACAGAGAGACACAGCCACCACUUACGCCAAGCACAAAGCCACUCAGAGCCCCACUAAAUUGAGCCCCACAGAUGGCGAGACUGCGUACCCUUCCAGACGCUCCACCCACACGGACGACUCCGCCCUCUUCAUGUCUCUGUCUGGGAUGGCCAUGGAUGGGUGUGUCUCUCACGGCUCAGACAGCACCCCCUCCUGUCCACUGCAGCAAGGGGAGGAUCGAUCAGCAUUGUCACCCACAGCCCUCCAAUCACCCUCUUACCCCGGCCCAGCUGCCCUGCCCACCUGCCGCGCUGCUGGCCCCGCCCCGAGGCCCGACAGCUUCCUGUACCGCCUCAGCCAGAGAGAGGAGAAGAAGAGAGGUGAUUCAACACCUUCUAGGUCAGAGCCUGAGGACAGCACACCCACCCCAACCCAGGGGCUUGUGGGGGAGGAAGCAGAGGUGGUGGAGCAACUGCGAAAGAACAUUGAGUGCCGGCUGAAAGUGUCGUUGCCGAGCGACCUGGGUGCGGCCCUGACUGACGGGGUGGUGCUGUGCCACCUGGCCAAUCACGUGCGGCCCAGAUCUGUGCCCAGCAUCCACGUCCCCUCGCCCGCUGUGCCCAAACUGACAAUGGCCAAGUGUCGACGGAAUGUUGAGAACUUCCUGGAGGCGUGUCGCAGAAUCGGGGUUCCACAGUCCCAGCUGUGUCUGCCCCUCCACAUCCUGGAGGAGCGGGGCCUUCCGCAGGUGGCCGGGACGGUGCGCGCCCUGCUGGACCUGGCCCCCCCGAAACACACCGCCUCCACCCCUGGCACCCCCUCCUCCGCCUCCACCGCCGCCACCACCUCCCUGGCCAUCUAGACACACACACACACACACACACACACAAAUAAACACCCCUCCAGACCAGACCCAAGUCCCCCACACACCACCUGACUGACUGACUGACUGACUGACCAACAGCACACUGACACUUAUGUCACAUGUAAAAAAAAACCACAUACUGACCCACUGUCAUCAUACAUACAUCUUACAUCUGACACGUGAGCAAACAGCCCCUGAACUUCACCCUCACACCCUCUGUCUUAACUACAUGUCUCACACACACACACACACACACACACACACACCUACAAACACGUAACAUGGCACAGACAGAAGUAUGGACGCAUGGUGCAAAUGCCCCUUCUGGGGGGUGUCUGGGAGUGGAGUGGCCCCAGCGAGAGGAGAGAGGAGGUGGGGGAGUGGCGGAGAGAAGACCCGGGGGAGUGGAUGGAUAGAUGGAUGAGUAUGGAGCAGCACUACCACUUGCCUGUAUGGACCGAUGGAUGACUGACCCCCACACACUUCUGUCUGGCCAACAGGACACUACAAACAACCACACAGGAAGAGAUUUGUUUAUUUUUUUGUUUUGUUUUUUUUCCUCUGAAAAUAGUGUUUUUUAAUUUCUGUUUCUGUUUUUGUUUUCUAUCACUUCCUUUUCUGUUCAUAUAUUGUGGCUCCAGCUGUUGGAGGGUUGUUUUUAAUUUUGCACCAUAUUAAUAUAAUUUCAUUGUUAAUGACCAUAAGAAAUAUGAUGCCUAUUAUUAUUAUGCUUAUUAUUAUUAUUAUUACUUUUAUUAUUAUUAUUUGAUAAUUUUAAGACUUGAGACUUGUUAUAUGUUAGAUCCCUGCUCAUCGAGGGUUGUCAAAAGGGUUGUUACAGUGACUUUGAGAGGGAAUCCUUCUCCUCUACCCCAUAGGCAGUAGAGCAUGCUGGCUAAAGUAAUACCUGUUAGCUGAGGGCAGCAGUGUUGUACCUUUUUAAUUCUUCAUCCAGCACAACAGAGCCCUGCCACUGUAGACAACAUACUGUCUAUGACUGCUACACAGGACUGCCGCAACCCUGCUAAAAGGAGUUGUAUGUUUGAGAUCUGACCACAGGGUGGCAGUAUGCUGCUGCAGUCCACCCGGAUGGUGCAGCCACGGUAAUGCUGCAUAAAUAAAUACACAAGCAAUAUGGCAGUGCUCCAUCUCAUCAGCAGCAGCAGCAGCAGCAGCAGCAGCAGCAGGAGCCAGUAACCAGUAGCUAUUCUGGCUGGAUGAUGCAUUUGUAGACUGAAGGUGGAGAAGGCUCCUGUAACAUCUCUCUCUCUCUCUCUCUCUCUCUCUCUCUCUCUCUCUCUCUCUCUCUCUCUCUCUCUCUCUCUCUCUCUCUCUCUCUCUCUCUCUGCUGUCAGGUAGUAGAGCCCUGCUGUUUCAACAGCUGAUGGCGAAACGUGAUCCAUAGGGUGCCUGUUGCUACAUGGUAGUUUUCUUCCUCAGCUCAGCCUACGUAGCCUGGAGACGGGGACUUGAGUUGAGGCUGACUGACGUACGUUGUGCAAUUUUGGAAGGUGAAUAAUUGAGGGAGUGAAACUCAAGACAGGGCUUGCCUGCGAGAGGGCCUGUAACCCAUAGUGACUGACGUGGCGACCAGUGGGGUUGGCUAAACCCAAACGGCAAGCAGCAGCGCCAGUACUGCUGUACUGGCCUGGCCCGCCCGGCCCAAACUCCGGUGCCGGCGGGCCAAUCUGCUCGACAACUGUUUUGAUGAGCUAGAAUUUUUAGUCUCAGAACUAGACACUACAUUUCAAACGCUUUCGACGGGUUAUCGUGUAACUAUUGCAUGGUUGUGCUCUCCAUAGCAGAAAUAUAUGUGGCCUAAGGUUACUGAAUUAAAUGUUGAGGAUUAGAAGAAGGUGGUUUCUAAACUAUGGACAGGCAUAAGCAGAGUAUGUAACUGACAAUUGAUGACAGUACAAUUUGGCAUUGUUCGAAAUCUUAACUUGUUUACUAUACAGUGGACUAUGUAGAGUGUGGGUUUUCUGUGCCCCUUUUAUAGUCUACUAUGUAUAUAGUGACCAAGUGAAUUUUUCAGAAUAGGCCUUUGUCUCCUGCGUGUAACAUGUAGCCAAGCAUGCAUAAGACAGUGGAUGGACGGGUGGGUUUGUGGGUGGGUAGGGUUUGGGGGACAGGAUUAUAUUUAAAUAUGUAAAGAAAACGAGAAAAAGUAGAAAAAAAAAUGGUCCUGUCUGACUUUAAAGGCAAUAUGACUGGUGACUGCUGUAGUUGAGAUAUAUUCUCUUUAGCACCUCCUGAAGUGCAGUGAAUGGCCCAGUGUCUCCUCUCCAGUGAGGAGCUAUGUGGCCCUGGCCUUCAGUCUUUUGUGUUGCUGUAGUCACCACUGCAUGGCUUGCUCUUUCUACGCCUGGUAACCAUACACCAGGCUGCAUAGCCUUCCUAGAGCGGUUUGUCGUUGUGUGUAGAGGGAUACACACGCCUAAACAGACACACACACACACACAAACAUAAACACACAGACACAUACACAAACAUACACACGCCUACACUCUUUUUUUAAAUGCUGUACACGUGAUUCACUCAGUGAUGUUUUAAGUCAACAGUGUAUACAGCACGGGUGUGCACUCAGAUCUAUAUUAUUCAAUCCAAAUAGAGACACUUAGAGCCUGGAGACGUAUGUUUUAAGAGAGAGGUGGGUACACUCUUGGCCACCCAGACAGGGUGCGGGGGCUUACACCACGCUGAGCAUACAGGGUCAGUGGAGGGGGUUUGUUUUUAAAAGAGGCCAUUUUUGUAUUUUAUUAUCAAGGUUCCUACAGAAGGCUGCAGUAGGACUGGUGAGACAGGGGCCCUGAGUUUAAAACAAAAAACUUUGACCACUUAAUUAAAAAAGUAAAAAGGUUUUUGAGUAUAGAAAAAAUAGUUACGGAGAGUCAAAAAGUAUUUUUUCUAUUUUAACUUGCUUUUUUAUAGACCUAAGAGUUAUGACAAGGGAAGUUAAAAGAAAUUGAAUUAAAAUUAUUAUAUUAUUAUUGCUGGGGGUUGUCUUGUAUAGAUAUUUUAGUGUAAUUUUUCUAUUUUUAUUUGCUUUAAAGAAAAAAAAAAUAUUGACUUGGGUGUUUUUCCCCCCCAGCAAUUAUCAUGUGACCCUAGAAGCAGGGCCUGGCCCUGCGUGACACUGUACAGAGACAUAAAUAACAUUCCAUACGUUUACAAGUAUGUACCACUUCCCAUGUGCACCAGAGGACCUUCACAUUGCUUUACCUACAGAGCCUGGACUUGGUUGGCCUUUGUUUUUUCUAAGUUUUUACCUUUUUUUUGUUUUUACAGUGUUUUUUUCUUUCUUUCUUUUUUUGAGCAAGUGUCCCACAAAAAUAUAUACUGUAUUGGAUUCUAAGUAAGUGAGAAAAAAAAAUAUGGAAAGGUUUUUUUUUUUUUUUGGAAUGGAUAUUUGAUGUUAUUUUAAAGUGCAUUAAUAAAAAUUUACCAUUUCGGCUCUGUGUGCAUCUGUGCCU